AUGGAGCUGUAUGAGACGUCCCCCUACUUCUACCAGGAGCCCCACUUUUAUGAUGGGGAAAACUACCUGCCUGUCCAUCUCCAGGGCUUCGAGCCACCAGGCUACGAGCGCGCCGAGCUCAGCCUGAGCCCCGAGGUCCGAGGGCCCCUGGAAGAGAAGGGUCUGGGGACCCCCGAGCACUGCCCAGGCCAGUGCCUGCCGUGGGCGUGCAAGGUGUGUAAGAGGAAGUCCGUGUCUGUGGACCGGCGGCGGGCGGCCACGCUGCGGGAGAAGCGCAGGCUCAAGAAGGUGAACGAGGCCUUCGAGGCCCUCAAGAGGAGCACCCUCCUCAACCCCAACCAGAGGCUGCCCAAGGUGGAGAUCCUGCGCAGCGCCAUCCAGUACAUCGAGCGCCUGCAGGCCCUGCUCAGCUCCCUCAACCAGGAGGAGCGGGACCUCCACUACCGAGGCGGGGGCGGGCCUCAGCCCGCGGUACCCAGUGAAUGCAACUCUCACAGCGCCUCCUGCAGUCCAGAGUGGGGCAGUGCACUGGAGUUUGGCCCCAAUCCAGGUGAUCACCUGCUCACAGCUGAUCCUACAGAUGCCCACAAUCUGCACUCCCUCACCUCCAUCGUGGACAGCAUCACAGUGGAGGAUGUGUCUGUGGCCUUCUCAGACGAAACCAUGCCCAACUGA